AUGGAUGGUGUUGAAGCUGGCGUUGUGGAAACGCUACAGUACCUGAUUGACUGUGUUGUGGAGGAGGAAGACAGCGAACUCGAUCAUCAGCACCGACUAGAAUCUGCUCUGGCCAAUGCUCCUCCAGAGGGAGGAGCUGUGAUCUUUAGAGCUGAUGAGGAGUCUGAGGCGGAGCGGUCUUCCUCAAUAUCCGCAAGCACAGCACGGCCUCGGCAUGAAAGCGGCGAGCGACCGGCACCGAUCGUCAGUGAUCCAGUCGCCCGAACUUUCGAUACAACUGAGCUUCUUACGACCGUCAGUGGAAGGUGGUGUAGACGGAGUCAGUCUUUUCCACGAGUUGCAUGUUCACAUGCUGUUGUACGGGGAAAGUGGACGUGUUGUGAUUUGGGCCGAGCCGAAACGGCCUUACGUAUACUAACUGCCUUGUUAUGUCCCAGAGGUUCUCCUGUAACGAAUCGUAUGCUUUUGAGUUGCUUAGUCUCUUCUGGAACUGCCUCUCAGAAUGGAGAAAGCAUUGGUACUAGUUCCACAUUGACAGUGUCACUAGUUGAUUUGAUGGCGAAGCACGUUCGAGCCAUACUCGGACAACAUUUCUGGGGUGUCACUGGCGAAGAAGAUGUCUCCAAACAACGGCAUCUCACGCUGUUAGAGCUUCUGAUCACGAUCUCGCUGCACUUCCUGCGAUCAUUCUUCUUGAACUCACCGAUCUGUCCUGUCACCCAGUCGGAUUUGGUGAUGGCCUGGAAGUGCAAAAUAGCAGCGCUUGACUUCUUGUCAGAACUACUGGGAGAGCUUAGUGGUAUGAUUUGUGAGCAGCAAUCGCGACCAUUUGUUACGUUCGUUCAAUCUGUUCUGUCAAGAUCGAAUCGUAUAACUUCGUAUAACAUCUCGCUGCUCACGGCGGUUCACGAUCCAAGGACCAGUGCAGAAGCAGGACAAGUAAUGCCUCUGUCUGUGUCGAUUGCUGAGUUCAACGAAGGUGGAUCAUCCAACAUGGGAAGCAAAUUAGCAGGGCUUUUGUCAGCAUACAAUCGCUCACUGUUAGGUGUUACUGCCCAAGCGAUUCGUCUUGAGAGCGACAUCAAGAAUGGAUACUCCUCAUUUGGAGACGUGAACACUUCUGGUAUGUUGACAAAUCGACUGAGCAUUGCGCAGCAGAUCUACAAUACACCUGCACAUCGGGGAACUCUGCGAGAGCCUAGUCCAUCGUUGGUUGAACUUCGAGCUUUCCUGCUGAUCGUUUUGAAUGCUUUGAAAAAGCGCCCAGAACGGCAUGAGAUGUGGUUCCAGUUCGUUGUUCAAAUUCUGCCGUGGAUGGAGAGGUACAUCAUCCUGCCAUUUUGA